GCCAGGCCGAGGAAAAGCGGCCGACCGGCAUCGGAGGGGAGCUUCCCAAAGCGGGAACCUGCCUGGGGCGGCCGGCCGCGAUUUUGGCGGGAAAAAAAGAGGGCGGCCUUGUAGUGUUCUCUUAAAGAUUCUACUAUGGCUGCUACUGUGAAUUUGGAACUUGACCCUGUAUUUUUGAAAGCUCUGGGUUUCUUGCAUUCAAAGAGCAAAGAUUCUGCUGAGAAGUUAAAAGCACUUCUUGAUGAAUCUUUAUCUAGGGGAAUUGAUUCAUGUUAUCGUCCACAACAAAAGGAAGUAGAUCAGCCCAAAGUAUCCAUUCCAAAACCAGUUUCUGUUAAGACCACUCCAAGCCUCCCUACAAGUAACAAUAAUGGGAAACCCAUUGUAGUUGAAAAGGUCAAAAAAGAGGUGGAAAAGAGAAUUGCGGAUAAAGUAAAAGUGGAAAUCAGUGAAGGAAUUGACAUUCCUUCAAAAAAACCAAGACUAGAAAAGGCAGAAGCUCAUGCCUCAUCAAUUACAGUGCAGACAAGCAAAGAUUUGCCCAUGGCAGACCUUUCUAGUUUUGAAGAAACUAGUGCUGAUGAUUUUGCAAUGGAGAUGGGUCUGGCUUGUGUUGUUUGCAGACAAAUAACAGUAACUUCUGGAAAUCCAUUAGUGGAAUGCCAGGAAUGUCAUAAUUUCUAUCACCAAGACUGCCACAAACCUCAAGUGACAGACAAGGAAAUGAAUGAUCCACGGGUUGUGUGGUAUUGUGCCCGAUGUACCAGGCAACUUAAAAAAAUGGCUCAGAAAACACAGAAGCCUUCCCAGAAGCCAGCUCCUGCUGUAGUGUCAGUAGCUCCAGCUGUGAAAGAUCCACUAAUAAAGAAACCAGAAAUUAAGCUAAAAUUGGAGACUACACCAGCUUUUCUAGCAUUUAAGAGGACAGAGGUCAAGACUUCGGCAACAAUGUCAGGGAACUCAACCACCACCAACGUUUCCUCCUCCUCAAACAGUGGCCUUACAGGAUGGGCAGCUUUUGCAAAGACAUCUUCUGCAGGCCCGUCAACAGCUAAGAUGGGGUCUGCCACCCAGAGUACCAGUGGCAAGCCUGUCACUGGCUCAAACAAUCAGAAACCCACUGGUUUGUCAGGGCUGGCCACAACCAAAGGAGUAGGGUCAAAGAUAACAUCUGCCGGUAGCACAAACCCUAGCCAGUUGAAGCCAUUACCACCUCUGACAUUGGGGAAAGUUGGUCUCUCUCGGUCUGUGAGCAGUGACAACGUAAGCAAAAUAGGCCUUCCUAAUGCAGGCAGUUCAACCCCAGGCAACAGCCAAACUAUUGGUGGAAAUGGCAGCAGUGUGGCAGCAGGGAGCAGUGCUAGCAAAUCAAGUACAGAAUCGGGCAAUCAGUCCCCAUCGCUGAAAGGUCCAACUUCACAAGAAUCACAGCUUAAUGCUAUGAAGAGGUUACAGAUGGUCAAAAAGAAAGCAGCUCAGAAGAAGCUCAAAAAAUAACAGGUCUAUUUUUAAAACAAUAGAUAAUGAUAUCAUUAGUUCUAGUCUGCAAAGUGCAAACAUGUUGUUCAACUCUACCAGAUAACUGUAAAAUCAAUGAUCUAUAAAUUACUGUUGUGUUUUCAUUUGGCAUCCUUGUGUGUAUUCACAAGAAUUAAUAUAUUAGUAAAAAGUCCUUUUAGUUAGCUGCCUUAUUCGUACCUUUCUCAUUAAAUUAGAGCUACAAAAAUCCAGAUUACUACUAGAUGGUAGUAAUUAGAGUUCGUAGUCUAUGAACCAUAGUUCUAAUUAAAUACAGUUAUUAAAUACAAUUUAACAAUAUUUGUUCUUUUAAAAUAUAUUUGAUGCUUUACUCUUCUCCAAAUAUAAACCUAAAAACCAUUAUGAAUUCUAAGAAAUUUGUAUAUUUGUAUAUGUUGCCCGGGGGGGGGGGGCAUCCUUUACAAUGGUGAUACAUUCAGCCCUAUUUGCCAUUUCUAGUGGAAUAAACAAGGUUGUGUGUGUCAGUCCCAGUCCUACUCAAUCUGUUCUUCAUUUGAUGUUGUCACUUGCUGUCUAGGUUCUGAAGGAGGGAAUGUAUGUAUAUCAGGUACGAGUUGCAAAACUCUUUUUGACCUACGCCACUUGAAUGCAAACAGUGACUCCAUAGAGUCAUUCAAGGAACCCUCUUUACUGAUGAUUGUACACUCCUGUUGCACAAGGACAGUGAACCUGAACAAAUUCUCAGAUGCUGUUUUGGCCUGAUUAUCAGCCUGAGAAACACUGAAAUACUUAUCAGCCUAUGCCAAAUCCCAAGACCAUAGAAUCACUGUUGAUAGCACCUAGCUGACAAAUGUAAACAGCUUCAAAUAUAUUUUGGAAGCAUCAUCUCGAGUGAAGGGUCUUUGGACAAAGAAAUUGAAGUCAGGAUCAGCAGAGCAAGCCAAGCACUAGGGUGGCGGAUACCAGAGUGCUCCAUCAACACAACAUCCAUCUCUCCAGAAAGCUGGCAUUUCACAUGUGUGCUCAUCCUCAACAUUUGCUGGCUAAGACCAUGUCUUAUUUUACAUUUUAUAGCCUAUCUUUUAAGUUACACAUCUUUCCAAAGAAUAUCUCGCAUAUAUGCUGUAUAUGCAAUCUCAAUACCAAAAUCUUGUCUCCCUUUUCUUUUGUGCUCUAUAGAAGUCAGGUAAGCUGAUGUUUUCAAUCUAUUUGAAAUUUAAGCUUUAGCCAACAUUACCAAUUGUAAUUUUGGAAAUUUAUCCAAAAUAGUUUACCAACUCUUGGUAUUAUGAUACAAAAUUUCACUUUACACUAUUUUUAGCCACUUGCACAACUCGGGUACUUCUGGAAGGCAGAUCCAUGUUAAUAAUUUUAUAUGUAAAAUAUGUAAAAUAUCUUCAAGGAAGUGAUUCUAUUCAUAAAAAUAAAAGAUUGGUCAAGGUAGGAGUACCCAAUUUGGAGGCUACUUCACUCAACUGCAUCAGUUGCAAUAAGUGACAAAGCAGAAGUAAAGCAAUAUCUUCUGGCUUUCUUGCUGUUUCUUCAUAGAAAGACAGGAAACAUUUAGAACUUUGGAGUGAUGUUUAUGGUAAAAGAAAAGUCAGUGCUGCAAGCAUUUUAUUAUGGUAGUCACAAAAUUGAGAAGAAAAAAAAAGCUUAUGCACCACAUAAAUAAGGUAUCGAUGUCUGUUGGUCUGAAAAAUCAGAGAAAACAAUAGAAAGAUCAAUUAUUUGUGGAGUAUUUGCCACCUUAUAUGAGGGAUCACUGAAAAAAGGUUUAUUGCUGAAGCUCUCAACCUAGCAAUGAAAUAUAAAGGAAUGAAUGAAUAUAUAUCCCAGUUCAAUGUUGCAAGAACCAAUCUGAUUCAGUAAUUGGGACCAGAGAUUUAGUUUUCCAAGCUUUCAGCCUCGUGUUGGAGGCCGAGACUGAUUCUAAAGACCAUUUGUAAACUAUCCUUAGAGGAUUGAUCCUAGAGACUGUUUAUAAAUAGCUUCUUGAACUUACUGACAUAUACUUCAUUAGUUUUAGAUACACAGGAAAUAACAAUAGAUUUAGUGAUUUCUGUCUUUUUAUUUUUUAAA